AUGAACACAGGCAACAUGAAUCACCAAGCAUUGAACCGAGCAGCGCUCGAUUCCUUCGUCACUCAGCGAGUCUCGCGAGAGAUGGUGACGUACCUGGCACAGCAGGCAUCACAGGUCAUCCGAUGUGAGGCCCAUGUGACCAACACCGUCAACCAGCACGGCCAACCCACACCUCCCUCUACUCCUCCUUUGGACCCAGCCGACCAGCUGCCUCCCCUUCCCUCCAUCGAAGAGUUCAUUGCCUCCCUGGUCGCCCGCUCCCAGGUCCAGGUGCCCACCCUCAUGAGCUCCCUCGUCUACCUUGGCCGUCUACGUGACCGUCUUCCCCCGGUCGCCAAAGGCAUGCGUUGCACUGUCCACCGCAUCUUCCUCGCCUCGCUCAUCCUUGCCGCUAAGAAUCUGAAUGACUCCAGCCCUAAGAACAAGCACUGGGCUCGGUAUACUGUGGUGAAGGGAUACCAAGGCUUCGGAUUCUCCCUGCCUGAGGUGAAUUUGAUGGAGCGUCAGUUGCUCUUCCUGCUCGACUGGGAGACUCGUGUGGCCGAGGAGGAUCUUUUCACUUUCUUGGAUCCUUUCUUGGCUCCUAUUCGUCAACGACUGCAGGCCGUUGAACGCCAGCGCAAGGCCGAAGAGGAGGAACUUCAGCGCAAACAACAACACCGUGAAUGGCGUCGUCUUCACCAAUCUGCGGAUAUGCUGGCCAGCCGCCUUCGUCGUCAGAAAAUUGAUGCUCGUGGUGACAACCGAAGGGCCGUCGACAACUCCCUUCGUCGUCUUCCCAGUCAUGUCUCCUGCCCUACCAUCCACCACACAGACCACUCCCCCCAGUUCAUCGCCGAACAUGAACGCUACAAUCCUUAUCCUCGAACACGCUCAUCACCUAACCGCCCUGGCCGUUCCAUCUCGCCUCCCUCCAUCCGAGAUGUCCCCGGCCUAUCUCACGCAGAGACAUUCAACUCGCUGUGCUCUCGCUCAUCCAGCACAGCCCCCAGCUCCCGCGGCACCCCUGCCAGUAUCAGCACAUGCUCGUCUCACGGGAACGACGAUGUCAUGCUUACCGACCCGAGCUCCAGCCCCUCUGUUUCCUCCCUGGCAUACAGUUACGUCAACGUCGGCCACAUAACGUCCAAGCAAGCCUUCGAGCCCGCCCGCCAACCUUCCAAGAAAAUGAAAAUCAACGGCCACUCCCACAGCGGAGGCUUUGUGGCACGCUUCUUGGCCUCAGCCACCGGCUCCUACAUGGGCAGCCGCAUCGGUCGUCCCCACGCAUAA